AUGGACGGGCACUUGAGAGGUUUCGGGGGGUCCUCUCCACCUCCAGACUCCUUCUCUUACGCCCCGUCUGACCCACUUUCAGCUAGUCAUCCACCCCGUGGCGCGAGCAGAACCCCCGCUGCCAGAGUUGGCAACCCCCCGAGCCUCAGCGAGGACGCACCCGACGGCCGUCGCCUCGUAUGUUCUCGUCACCGGGAGUGGUGGAGGGGGACUCCGUCGCUAUGGGCAUCGCGGGAUGGAUGCGCCAACUUUUGUGCACAGGUCUGCAGGCCGAUGGCACCAGCACACAGCCAAGAGGUGCUCAGCGCUGCUGGCGACUCGUUCCUCUCUCGAGCGGCUGCGGCGUACACCGAGUCGCGCGACUCCGCUCUGCGCCGGUCAGACGACGGACAGCCCUUUUUCUCUUCUCAUGGACGCAGCGGGGAUCCACGAGACUUCGGCACGCGACGGGGUUUACACGACGCCACGGGGGAGAGAGAUCUCGUUCGUAUUUCUUCCCUGCCGUCGUCUAUGCCCUCCAUGCGUCUGCCGCCAGGCUGCAGACGUGGACAGAGCGGCGCCGCCACGGGCUGCUUGCCGCGCACGCCAGGAGCGGAAGGGCACGAGACACGCAAAGGCCACCCCCUGUCGGCUAGUCGAGGGCACUCUGCCGGCCUCGCACACCACCACGGGUCGAUGUUCCUCUGGGGUCCGUCCCACACGACCGCAGAGCCGUGUGGAGACACCUCUGCGGCAGUCGAGGACUCACGCAGUGCAGAGCCUCUCUCCGCUACACGCCUGAGCCAACCCCGUGUGUGGUAUGCUGCCUCGCAGCGUUCAGAGGUCUCUUCGCCUUCGAGCCCGCGCCUGUCUUGUCCGCGCUUCCCGUCAGCAUCUUGGAAAACAGACGAAACAUGCAGGGCUGCCCCCCCGGGGCCGACGCAUGUGUCAUCCGCCUCGAACGACCCGUCGCUGUGUGCGUCGCUCCGAGCAUCUGUGUCAUCUUUCCUGGAGCUCGUGUGGCUGUGCGUCUCCAUCUUCCGCGCCUCGCUCGCAGUGUACGUCCAUGGAGUGCUGGACUGUUUGUCAGUGCAUCGCUUCCUGCUCUAUUGCUUCCGGAGUCCCGUGAUUUGCCAGAAGUCAGUGUCAUGUCUUCUGCUCAACGGAGGCCUCUUCCUCGGGUUGAUCCAGUUUUUCACACACAUCUUGAUGCCUGUGAUCGCUGCACUUUGCUCCUUUGUCAUCUGCUUCCUCGCGAGUCUCUUCUCGCUUCUCUCUUCGUACAACGCGGCGCCGGCGGAGACAGGAGCUGCGUCUUCUCCGGGGUCGCCUCUUCUGGGCUCCGCAGUUCCUCUCCUCGGCUCGCACCCGGCUCCUUCGCCUCGGUUCCCUUCUGGGUCUCUGUCUCCCGUCGGUUUCGCUUUCUUUUCGUUCGCUUCGUCGCUGGGCAGCCCGCUAGACGGCGGGGCGCCUUUCUCUGCAGGCUCCAGUCUCGACGCUGCGGCUUCUGUUGUUGGGUUCCCCCCGAGCGCGUCGACCUUCCCAGAGGCCGCUGGCCGCCCUGGGGCGGCGACUGUCGCCUGGCUGGUUCCACUUGUCGAGUGCACGCUGUGGAGCCUCUUCAGGUACCUCAUCUUGUAUCCACUCUACUGCUGCAACAGCCUAUUCAAUUCUCUGUGGUACCGAGACAUAGCAGACACGGCCGCAGCGCUGCUGCUUCAGGACGAAGCGCGGCUGCGCAAAGCGAGAAAGAAGCGAUCGGCUGAGAAAGCCGCUUUCCUGUCCCGACCUCCUUGCGGCGCCCGCGUGGUGGCGGAUGCGGCUCUGGCUGCGGCAACGCUGGAUGCCAUGCACGGCGAAGAGCCAGGGGGAGCUUCUGCGAGGGGGGAGAAAAGGGGUCUUGACUCUGCGGAGAAAAGUGAGGGAGCGGGACAUGGACCGGCUCUGUCGCGCGUCUACCGCGACAAAACGAGCUCCUGUUCCUCGCUUGCGGUUUCGAGCCCGCCGAUUUCGUGUGGGCGAACGGUGUCUUUGUCUCCGGAGUCUUCCAGAAGGGAGCAGGAAUUGCCCGUCGCGACCUGUCGCGUCUUUUCCUCGGGGCUUCUGCAGGAAGCACCAAAAGGAAACUGCGGAGCGUCACCUGCGCCUGCGGCUUCGUCGGGCUUGUAUGGACCGCAAGAGGGAGAGACUCUGCCUCGGCGCGCCGUUGGAUUUCUACGAAGCUUAUGGACGUGGGAUGCAGGAGUGAAGCAGAAGAAGGGAACAGCUGAGGAGGCGCCAGAAGCAGCAGGAAAGGGGCACCCUGAGUAUGCCCUCAUACACCGGGCUCCGGAUUCAUUUUCAGAGGGGCCUUCCGGGGGGGCUCCUGGGAGACAGGAGUUGCGAAACGGCGGGGAAGAAGAACUCGAGCCGCGGCGAGGCGUGCUCGCGGCUUCACGCUUUGACGACGGGGCGGGGGAUCCUUCUCCUUCCUCGUUUUCCAGCAGAGAGAAGCCCGAGGUGACGCAGGUGGAGGCCCGCGCAGAGCGGCACGACGACAUCUUCUCAAGAGUUUCUGCUUUCAUGUCCCUGCCGUGCAUCUGGCUCUCGCCCGCUGCCAGCAUGACGUCUCCGCGACUGCCUCCCGUCUCGCCGUCUUCCUUUUACUCCUCGUCCUUUUUCUCUCCGUCCGCGCCUGCACCUCCGACCGUCGGAGGCCCUGCGGCUGGUGGCACCUCGCCGUGUGAGUUCAUCCUUCGUCUGCUUCUCCACUACGUCUGGUGGAUUGCGGCUUCGGUCUUUCUUCCCUUGAUUCCGUUCAUCGGACCCCCGCUGUCUCUGAUCAAUCUCUCGUGGCUCUUCGCCUUCUACUGCUUCGACUGGCACGACUAUCUCCCCUACACGUCCUUCGCGCCCUGUCCUGUCUCUUCCCCUUCUGCGAAUGCGUCGCCACGUGCGUCGUCUUCAGCCGCUUGCAGGGCACGCCGCGGCGGGGCUGAGAGCUUUCUGCUGAUCCAGAACCAGACCGAAGAAGCUCCACGUUGGCGAGGUGGUGGCCUCUUUAGCGGCAGCGAAGACACAGAAUGUCUCCAGUCGGGUGCAUACGGCACGGCACUGAGGCGACGACGUGGUGCAUCGAGUGACGCCCGGCACGACCUCGCUCGGCUGCGUUGCGCGUCUAUUCCUGCUUCGCGGGACGAGAGAGACGCAGCUGCCGCCUGUAACGGAGGCAAGCGCCUCAUUGGCGCUCCAGUCGACGCGAGUGAUUCCAUCCACCUUUCGUCUUGUUUCUCGUUUUCUCCGUUCGCCCAGCGGCUGCCUUCAACCCGGGCGUCCUCUCGGCCCUGUUCCGCGGCGCAGGGUCUGUGGCGGGCGACGGAGACCCGCGGAGAAGACAGUGGACCGCGGCAGGUGCUUCCUGCGCGACUGUUGGGUUCGUCUCUCGACGCGGGUGUCGCCUCGUUCCCUGGGUGCGACAGCGAGCGCAGCGAAGGCGAGGAGGUCUUUGCGAGGCGUGUGAGUGCCUGGAUCGCGCGCCAGCGCAAGUCUGUGGAACCGAGAAAGCACGGGGCUAAGAGGAGCCUGUCACCUGCGAUGAAGAUGCGAAUCCAGCGUCUUGUGACCCUCGUGUCCAGCAACCGAGGGGAGACCGAAAGGAGAGCAAAGACGACAGGAGACCAGCUGCAUGCCGCUGUCUCCUAUGCCUCUCGCUCCAGACGCGUGAGCCACUCCCGGGCGAUUUCGUGGGGAGGCGCGUUCGCCCAGGAUUGUCUUUUCGUUGAUUCCGCAUCCGCGGACCGCAGCAGCCAUCUGCGGCGCAACGUGCGUGGCAGUGUCGCUUCUGACUCUCUCCCUGCUUUACCUUUUUGUGCACGGACGGCUGCUUCGGACGCGUCUCUCCCGGCGACAGAUUCGGGCGGCGAGCGGUCGCCGCGUUCCCUGAGGAGCGGAGGAGGUGGUUUGAAGUUGUCUCGGGGACCACGAUGGACUCGCGGCGAGGACGAGGGCAGGAGAGGGGCGUGGAAGGAGGACGCGGCGUGCCAUCCGGAGACGCGCAUUUUGUUUGUGGGCGAGAUGCGGUCGCGGCUCAAGUAUUUCGAAGAGCAUUGGCUUUACUUCGCUGGUUUCGGCCUGCCCGUUUGCCUUGUGCAACUUGUCUGUUCGUCCUUUGUGGACUACGGCGUGCUCUCCAUGCUCUUCCCCGUCUGCAUCGUCACGUCGCUGCAUGCGCUGCCGAUUCGGUGGGUCUCCCGGGAGGACGAGUCCCUUCUGCGGCCCUAUCGCCUCUUCCACCGCCUGCCGAUAUUCGCUCCGAUUCAGCUCCUCACGCGGCACAUCCUGCGCGUGUUGGCGCGCUACUUCGCCACUACCGAGGAGGAGGGCGGAGCCGGCAAACUUGCGCCACAAGUUCCUUCAGCUGCGGCUGAAGUCGGCGUUCUCUCGGCUGGGAGGCUGUUCAUCUAG